AUGUCGAAACAAUAUCUCGCUCUCCAUUCGAUCGAUGAAGCCCAUACCACAGAUAUCUUUGCCCUCGCUGUAAACCAAACGCAAAUCCUUACAGGUUCGGGCGAGAACUCGAUCAAAAUCUAUUCUGCCACCGAGGAAGGCUUUCCCAUUGCUCAGAUUCUCAAGGACGCCCAUAAAAUCGGGUGUCACCAUAUCAGCACAGACCGCAGCACCGGCACGAGAGCUGUCAGUGUUGGCUUUGGAGGUGAGGUCAGAAUAUGGAAAUACGAGGAGGGCAAGUGGCAGGACGAUGGAGCAUUCGACGUCGGGUCGAAGAAGAAAACAGGAGAGAUUUGGGCGGUGUCUUUGUCCUCUGACGGAAAGUUUGUCGCUGGCACAACCCACGAUGGGCGAGUGAAUGUAUGGGAUCUAGUAAGUCGGGAGAAGAUCCGAGAAUUCGAGACUAAGGGGAGUUUUGGGAUGUCUGUGGACGUGUCGCCUGAUGGCCGAUUCAUAGCCAGUGGCCACGAGUCCGGAGCGAUCUACCUGUUCUCUACGGCUACGUCUCGCCUACUGCACUCACUCCCCGGACUCAUCAAACCCGUCCGCGCCGUCAAGUUUUCUCCUGGAUCUACUCUUCUUGCAGCAGCUGGCGACGCACGAAUAAUCUCCCUUUACGAUCCCACUUCAGGCGAGCAAAUUGCCAACCUUAGUGGCCAUGCAGCUUGGAUCACAGAUCUUGAUUGGAAUCACAGCGGCCAGUAUGUCUUGAGCGGGAGUCUGGAUGGCAAGGUCAAGGUGUGGGAUAUCGAGCGGAGGGCUUGUGUUGCGACACACGGCGAGAGUGAAAAGGGUCUGUGGUGUGUCAAGUGGCAACCUAAGGGUGAGACCAGUGUUCAGCGACAGAAGGCUGAGAGGUUUGUCACUGUGGGGAGCAACAAGGCCGUUGCUAUCUACCGGGAGGCUACCGGUGGAUGA